AUGUAAAUAAAAAUUGAUAUUAAAUUCAAUUAUUAUUAAUUGUUUUAAUACAGUAUAAAAUUAUUUCAAUUGAUAAUGUGGACAGUGGCUGCCAAUAAUAAAAAAUUUUGCGACGCUUUGGGUACAUAUAAUAGUCUCAACGAUCCACAUCUUCACCAGUAUUUUAAUAAACCUAAAGUUCGUAAUCAUAUGAUUCACGCGGGACUGAUGACAAACGAAGGUAAGGUAAUACCUGAGACAUUGAUUAAAUUAAAAAGACUUGAAGAGGAAAGGCGUCAACAAUUGCAUCAACUAUUGUCUGAAGUAUUGGAAAAAGGAAACACCGAUCGGUCGGCUUUGAGACGAUUUUACGACACUCGUACUCAAGAAUCAGAAGCUAAAUGGGAAUUAGUGGAAAGGGCUAAAAAUACAUAUAGUACUACACAUACCGGUUCUACCAAUAGUUAUACUUCAAGAAAUCAAUCAAAAUAUAUAUAUUCUGGACGAUCAAAGAAAAGUUCGUCUUCGGUGUCAUUUAAAUCAUAUUUAAGAAAUGUCGCACAAAUGAGACCAAAAAUGUUUAUUAAAAAUAGACAAAGAGUUAUAAAAUAUAAAAGACCAAAAUCUUCGUAUGGCAUCAGAUCCUCAAAUAAAGUCAAACCGGACGUCAAAUUAGACAAAGAAUUAGUUGAAGUAUUUUCAGAUAUCUUAUCAUUGGAUGGAUUGUCUUUUCAUGAAAAUGACGAAGAAUUUGAUAAAUCUAAAUAUACUUUAUUUUCAUCAAAAAAGCCAAUGUCUUCAUUUAUGACACUUUGUUUCAAUGGAUUGACAGCUAAUUGUUUAACUCCAAGAAGAAUACAGAUUAGCCAACAAUUACAUAGUGGAGGAAAUGCUAUUAUCAUCUUUGACGCAAUGGUUAUGCCAGGAGAGAACCUGACAUUUGGUGUGCGACCUCACGGCGACCGACCCUUUUCUAUCACUGUUCUCAUUGAUGGCAUUCGUGAUCUUCGUGUCAGCACUUGUUGUGAAUAUAAACAUAAAAACGGAUCAAAAAUAUCUCAUUUUACAAUAGUUAAUGUAAGCGGUAAUAAAAUGUGUGCCAAUUGUAGGAAAAGUGCAAAUUCUGGUACUAAAAUAAUGUCUACAAAUGUUGUCAGCGAUACUAUAAAAGACGAUAAUAAACAACAAAUUGAUGAAGAAGUUAGUGAUAGUGAUGUUGAUGGCGGUGAACAACAAACAAUAAUUAAAUUGGAUAAUAGUUCGGACUCUUCGUCGCCAAUCAAAGACUCGGAAGAUUACGAGUCUGAGUUUGAAAGCGAAUCGGUUCCCGAAUCGACCAGAUUUAGGACAAGUAGUGUUUCAUCUGAUGACAGUAAUGUUGGCCAUCAGGAAGUGGUUGAAGUUGAAGUUCAUAACAAUCCAUAA